AUGUUCUACCGCAGAUGUGUCCUAAAGUACAAGAGAUAUGACUGUGAAUACAUAAACACUUGCUAUAACGGUCCUCCUCCUUUGUAUCCAUGCUACGCAAGCUGCAAAGACUGCCGGUUCAAUAAGUGUAGAACAAUUGGAAUGCAAAUGCAAAAUGAAACAGUUCCACUUUUGGUUGCUGAAAGAUAUAAAUGCGCCGCAGAAACAAUUAGAGAUCUUAUUUGGAACGAUGAUAAAAGAACGAAUGCUUUGAAAAGACAAUUCUCCGUUGAUAACCCAAGUUUAGAAGAAAUUGUACAAAGCAAAGGUUCUUGUGUCCAGUUCGUAGAACAAACCAAGACUCAUAGAUUGACACCGGCAGACUGGCAUUUCUUCUUUGCAUACACAACAAUUGUUUUCCUGCUCAAUAUGGACUUCAUGACCGGAAUGGAAGAGAAAGACAUAAUAACACUAAUCCAAGAAAACACAGUGAAAACCAGUCUUCUGUUCUGCUCGUUCGAUGCAAUGAAUAGAAAAUUCCCUUCUAUUAGAACUCCUAGAGGUCAACACGUUGUCCCCGAAAGUGUUAGAGAAAUGUUUGAGAAAGAUCCUCGUUAUUUGUAUGAGACUGGCAACAUGCUUCCAAACAAGUUCAAGGAGCUGGAAGUUACAUAUGAAGAGAUGCUUCUGAUCACAGCUAUAUUCUUCUGCGAAUCUGAAACCUCGCCGUUAUCCGAAGAAACCCAAAAACUACUCGAGCUGCAUCACGAUAAAUUCAGUUCUGCUCUAUUAAACUAUUGCAAAUGCGCACAUUCAGACACCUUCCAAACACGAUUUGAACAAUUACUAGAGCUUAGGGAAAUUCUUAAGGAGAAUCUGAAACGCAUCGAGUACAUUGCAAUUACGACUAGAAUUAAAUUGAAACCAACCGAUUACAAAAAACUUUUUGAUCAUAUUCUUCUAUGA